UGGUCUCCAAACACGAUAUAACACGAAUCUCCUGAAAAAACAAAUCAGUUUUUUUUUUAAAGCAUUUCCAAUCGUUGAUCCAAUUAAGUCCUAGAUCUGAAUCCGAGACAGACCCAUUUUUCUCUUUCGAAUUACAUACAGCGUUUUCGUCGGCCCGGAUCUCGGGUGUAGAGAAGCAGAUAUAAUGCGAGAUCUUGAGCUGUAAUGCGGCUUCGAAUUCCGGUUCCUUGAGUAAAUUCAAGCCUAAAUUUUGAUCUCUUUCGCUCGCAAAUUCGAGAGUUCGCCAUGGUUUUCUGGGAAGGGUACGUGAGCGACGAAGCGAUGGGCACGUUUGCCCCAAUCGUGGUGUACUGGUUGUACGCGGGGUUUUAUCAGCUGCUUCCGCCUUUGGACAAUUACCGGUUGCACACUAAGAAAGAGGAGGUGAAGAAUUCAGUGCCGCUUGCAUCCGUGGUUAAGGGUGUUCUGCUUCAACAGCUCGUCCAGGCCACCGUGGCUCAGGCGCUCUUCUUGUUGACCUCAAAAGCUAAUGCAUCAGGGAUCGUGAUUCAGCCCUCCAUUGCUGUCCAAAUUGGGCAGAUUGUUGUUGCAAUGCUUGUCAUGGACACAUGGCAGUACUUUGUGCAUCGCUACAUGCAUCACAACAAGUUUCUGUACCGCCAUGUCCACUCCCAGCAUCACAAGCUGGUUGUUCCCUAUGCAAUUGGGGCCCUUUAUAAUCACCCCCUAGAGGGUCUCCUGCUUGACACUUUUGGUGGAGCUCUAUCUUUUCUGGUCUCAGGGAUGACUGCACGAACUGCUGUUAUUUUCUUCUGCUUUGCUGUGAUUAAAACUGUUGAUGAUCACUGUGGUCUUUGGUUGCCUGGCAACAUCUUCCAUAUCAUCUUCCAGAACAACACUGCUUAUCAUGACAUCCAUCAUCAACUCCAAGGCUUGAAGUACAACUAUUCUCAGCCCUUCUUUCCCAUAUGGGAUAAACUUCUUGGAACCUACAUGCCAUACAAUCUAGUAAAGCGACCUGAAGGGGGUUUUGAGGCAAGGGCAAUGAAAGACUAGAAUGUUCACUAACAAUUUCUGUUCAUUACUUUUAAGCUCUCACUCGGUCGGGAACAUUUUUUGUUGAGGUUGCACCAUCUGUGGAGAAGCUGAGAGAAUUAUUUAUUUGAGGCUAUAUAUCAGGCAUUUAGUAGCUGUUGAUUUGAAUUCAUUUCUUUUUUGAUUGCUUGACAUGUGUUCCCUCGUUUAUUGUGACCUCAACAACCUCAUAUGAAUUGUAAUUGUGGCAUUCUGAGUUGUCUAUUCUCUGUAGCAUACUUGUUUCCUUCUUAUGCAACAAAUAGGAUCUUCAGGACUCUUUGAGAUUGGUGUA